GGCAUGCAUGCCUUAAUUGUCAAACAGUCUGAGCUGAUGAUCAUAGCUAGCAUCAUCAAUCAAUCCCAAAGAAAAUGAAAGCGGCUGCAGGACCAGUACCUGAGGCUGGGGGUGAAGCUUCUUCAACGCCACAAAGGGUGAUCAAUAGAGGGCUUUCUAUAAUGGACUUGGUUCUUCGAAUUAUUGCAGCUGUCGGAACGCUAGCAAGUGCGGUGGCAGUGGGAACAACGGACCAAACACUUCCAUUUUUCACACAGUUUUUCCAAUUUACGGCCCAAUAUAAUGAUAUUCCCACGUUCACGUUCUUUAUGAUCGCGAAUUCGAUUGUAUGCGCCUACCUUGUUCUUUCUCUUCCCCUAUCUGUCUUCCAUAUCAUCAGGUCGCGGAGUGGUGCAGCAAAAAAGAGUAGGAUCAUCUUGCUCAUCUUUGACACGGUAAUGCUGGCUCUUCUCACUGCUGGAGCUUCUGCAGCGGCAGCUAUAGUAUACUUGGCAUACAACGGCAACGCAAGUGCCAACUGGUCUGCAUUUUGCCAACAAUUCGAUUCCUUCUGUGAGCGCAUCUCUGGGUCCUUAAUCGGCUCUUUUGGAGGAAUACUCCUACUUCUACUGCUAAUUUUUACCUUAGCCGUGGCAAUAUCUCGACACUGAAUGAUCGAUGAUCUAUAUAUAUAUAUAUAUAUGAUCAUCUAAGUAUAUAUAUAUAUAUGCACAAGUUACAUCUUAUAUAUGUAUUAUAAUGUGCGUGCUUGUUUAAUUACUCUCGAUCUUAUAUCUUGGAGUUUGUUUCAGGCUUUGAUGUUUAUACAAGUACUUCUUUUCCAAAUC